UUAAGGUGAUCAUCAUCAACAUAGUGAUCACCGCUGUCCUGAUGGAGGUGUUCCAUUUCCCUGUGUUCGUGGCACGAAACAACCUGCCCGCUAUAUGCCUACUCAUAUUUCUCUAUGGGUUUGCGUGCUGCAGCCUGAUGCACGUGUUGGAGAAGUUAUUCAACGAGCCGAGUGUUGCCAACAUGUUGCUGUUCUGCGGGAACGCGUUCCUCGGCCUCGGCGGACUUACCGUGCUGCUGAUACUCGACCUCAUCUCACAGUCAGAGAGGACUGACGACGCUCGCUGGGUGUUGCACAAGGUCUUCAUGUUGGCACCACCGUUCACUCUGGGCGACGGGUUACUGGAGAUAGCCAAGAACACCAUACAAGCACAGGUGUUGUCACGUUUUGGCAUGGACACGUACAAGGAUCCGUUCAGCUCAGACCUAGUUAUCUACCACUACCUGUACCUGAUCCUGGUCGGAUGCACUCUGUUUCUGCUCAACCUGGCAAUAGAGUACCACUGUUUCGACGGUCUACUCGACAAGUUAUAUCGGUCGGGCGGUGGGGGCGCGUGCUCCGGUGAGCUGGAGCGGCUGGAGGUGGCGGCGGAGAGGCGGCGCGUGCAGUCGGCCGCCGCGCGGGCGACGCACGCGCCACUGCGCCUGCGCACCAUCGGCAACAUCAACGCAGGUUUCGUGGACGACUCGGAUAAGAAGCGUGAGGGGAGCCCUGGUUGGGGUGCGGGGGGCGGGGAGCUGUGUACCGCGCUCCUUGGUGAAAACGGUGCGGGCAAGUCGACCACGUUCUCGUUACUGACGGGCCAGCUGAGACCCACCACGGGACAGAUAUUUCUCAACAACGAACCCGCCAAACAUACACAACUCUGUCAGGGAUACAUCAGUUACUGCCCGCAAAGCGACGCGAUAGAUCCCUUGCUCACAGUAAUAAGGCGCACGGUGGAUAUGUUCGAGUUGUCUCAAUACGCGGACACUAGCGCCGGCGCGCUCAGCGGCGGCAACAAGAGGAAACUGUGCACCGCCAUCGCGUUCAUGAGCAGGUCACCACUAGUGCUGCUCGAUGAACCCACCAGCGGCAUGGACCCCGUGUCCCGCGCGUGCGUGUCCCGCGUGGUGCGGGGCGCGUGCGCGGGCGCGGGCGGGGGCGGGGGCGCGGCGGGGCGCGGCGUGCUGCUCUCCACGCACCAGUUGCGGGACGCGCGCACGCUCUGCACCAGGGCGGCGCUGCUGCACCGCGGGACGCUGCGCGACAUACUACCGUUGCCUCUACCACACGACAGGUAUGGAAAAUGCAACCUUAACCAUCAAACACAGGCUUAAGCGAGGCCGGCCUACCUGGUAAAACCCGCUGCCGGUACCCUUUCGGGGGGGAAGGACCGGCAUAGUAUGUCUACAGGUACCUACUUAAGACACUACAAUACACUAACAGCUUACGGUCGUGAAAUUCAACAAUAGCUAAAGUACCCCUUUCCAAAAUGCACUUACCUACAUCAAAGCCCCAUACAGUGUUAAUUAAAAUUUCAUAUUCCAACAUAUAGUGUAAAAAAUGUAAAUACCCUACACUGUUCAAUAAAAAACUAACAUCGUAUCUAAUUAAUAUAUGUUAGAUAGAUAGCUACAUAAAUUCUUUAUAGUUGAUAUAAUAUGAAGGAAUAUGUAGAUGGCAGAAAUAACGAACAAACUAAUUUAGACUUUAUUUUGUUCCUAAUAAUCAGUAAUGUGUGUGAAUCAGGUUCGGGGGUGGGUACGUGGUGGAGUGCCGCGUGUUGGCGGGGCGCGCGCGCGCUGUGUGGGCGAUUGUACACGCGCGAUGCUGUACGGCUGUGCUGCAGCUGCUGCACCACGCCGCCAUACACUUCAUGCUGCCCACGCACGCUACAGAUGUUCCUGAGUUUGUCUGACAACGUCGGUUUGGAGGAUGAUUUUGUGGAGGUGGAGCCGCUGCCCACCGCGGUCAUACACGAUGCGGACACGACGCGUGACGUCACCGCUCUAUAA